AAAAAAAAAAAAAAAAAAAAAACAAUAAUAAUAAAUCAGUGGAUUAAGCGCAACAAAUAAUUUUGGAUAUCAGUCAGUGAACAUCAUAGACAUGUGAUUUAAACAAACGCAAGGAGAACUACAAACUGACAUGUUGAUGACAUUAAAAAAAAAAAAUAUAUAUAUAUAUAUAUAUAUAUAUAUAUAUAUAUAUAUAUGUGUAUAUAUUAGUCGGGUCACUACAUUUGACAAAACAUGCUUGUAUAUGAUAUUAUGUUGCUUGCACUGGGAAAAGGACGCUGUGUGACACUCAUCUAUAACGGUCUGUAUUGCCAUGGAUAAGACUUGUUAUGGCCUUUGUAAAACAACAGUGACAUGAGCGGUUCUCAUGUUCCGUGUUGGAAAGGGAUAAGACAGCUCAAACAGAGGUUCUGUUCACGAUGAAAUUCUUGUGCUUGGUAUGUUUAGUUGCUGGAUUUUGGGGAAUUUCUUCAGCAAACAGAAACUGUCCCGACCUAAUCAUUGAUAGUUGCCGCUGUACAGCCGAGCGCUCCAAAGUCAAAGAGUUUGGGAGACAAACUAUUCGCAUCAAAGUUGUUUGUAACACCGGAGAGUUACUGGAAACUUUACAGCCCAGCUUUUUGCCCAACAAGACAGUUUCUCUAAUUCUCAGUAAUAACAAAAUCUCACUGCUGAAGAAUGGCUCAUUCUUUGGUCUGCGUUCCCUGGAGAGACUAGAUUUGAAGAAUAAUUUAAUUAGUACCAUUGAUCCUGGGGCAUUUCGUGGACUUUCAGAACUAAAGAGGCUGGACCUGUCCAAUAACAGGAUUGGCUGUUUAUCUCCUGAAAUGUUCGGAGACCUCAGCAAUCUGUUCAAACUGAAUUUAUCAGAAAAUAUUUUUUCAACUCUGUCUCAAGGGUUGUUCAUCAAACUGGUCUCACUUAAAGUCUUGCAUUUUAGCACAGAAUCACUCUUCUGUGACUGUAACCUAAAAUGGUUAUUAGACUGGGCCAGAAACAACGCCGUCCAGAUAGGAAAUGAAACCCUGUGUGUUUACCCGAGCACUUUGCAUGGACUAGAACUCCGCAGUUUGGGGGAACAACAGCUAAAAUGUGUGGGACCCCUGGAGCUGCCUUUGUUUCAGAUGAUACCAUCCUACAGACAGGUGGUCUUUCAAGGGGAUCGCUUGCCUUUUCAAUGCACUGCCACUUACAUCGACAACGCCACCACGGUCCAGUGGUACCAUAAUGGUAACUUAGUAGAAACCGAGGAAGACAAAGGUGUCUUUGUAGAAGAAAACAUCAUCCACGACUGUUGUUUAGUUUCAAGUGAGCUGAUCCUGUCCAACAUCGAUGUCGGCUCUUCAGGAGAUUGGGAGUGUCUGGUCAGCAGCUCCCGUGGGAACAUCUCCAAGCGUGUGGAGAUUGUGGUUUUGGAAACAUCAGCGCCAUACUGCCCUGCAGAGUGGGUCACUAACAGUAAAGGGGAAUUCAGGUGGCCAAAGACACUUGCUGGAAUAAAUGUAUCCCUACCCUGUGUGCAGUAUCCAUUUGGCUCUGGUUCACAUCAUGGCGCUCUGAAGGAGAGGAGAUCAUGGCGUAGGUGUGACAGGGCUGGACGCUGGGCGGAGGAUGAUUAUUCAGAAUGCCCGUAUUCCAUCGAGGUUACUCGUGUACUUGAUGCGUUCAGUCAGGUGUCGAUCAAUGCCACCAAUGCUCUUGCUUUUGCACAGCAGCUGAUGGCCUGCACGAGCAGAGCGGCAAACUUCGAAGACAUGAUGGAUGUGGUUUUUGUGACACAGAUGAUGGAGAAGCUGAUGUUCUUUGUGGAUCAAAUCAAAGAUCUAGGCGACUACAUAGCUGAUAUCGCCAGUAAUAUGAUGCUGGUGGAUGAACACAUACUGUGGAUGGCACAGAAUGAAGAAAGGGCCUGCACUCGCAUUGUGCAGUGUGUGGAACACAUUGCAGAUUUGGCUCUGACCAGCAAUACUCAAGUUAUCUCAAAGGUUUCUCUUAAUAUAGCUCUGGAGGCCUUUGUGAUCAAACCAGCGAGCUUCACUGGAAUGACGUGCACUGCCUUCCAGAAAGUGCCUCUGAAUUCAGACAGAGCAGUGAGCCGUGACGUGGGUAUGCGGGAUUGGGAGGCAGAUACGCAGCUGAAUUUCAAAUGCAACACGGGCAACCUGAGCAGCUCUCUGGUGAAUUUCCCAGUCAAGAAUACAGUGGCAAUUGCUUCUAUCCAGUUACCACCGAGUGUUCCUAGCUCAUCGGCAUUGCAAUCUGUUGAUACCUACACUUGCAAGCUCCAGUUUAUUGUCUUUCGAAAUGGGAAACUCUUUCCUAGCACAAGAAAUUCAUCAAAUCUUGCAGAUGACGGAAAACGUAGGAGUGUUUCCACACCAGUUGCUUUCUCCAAAUUAGAUGGGUGCAGCUUCAGGAACCGCUCACAGCCCAUUACUGUUGCUCUUAGGCACUUCGCACAGGGUGUAGACCCAACAGCAGCCUAUUGGGAUUUAGACCUUCUAGAUGGACACGGAGGCUGGAGGGCAGACGGGUGCCACAUAACUGCUUCUGUGGCCAAUAUCAGCACCAUUCAUUGCACACACUUAAAUAAUUUUGCUGUGCUAAUGGAUUUAAAGACAGUGCUGUCCUUCCCACCGUACCCAGGGGAAUUCCUCCACCCUGUUGUGUAUGCAUGCACGGCCGUCAUGUUACUUUGCCUGUUCGCUUCUAUUAUAACCUACAUCGUGCACCACAGCACAAUCCGCAUCAGUAGAAAGGGCUGGCACAUGCUUCUCAACUUCUGUUUCCACACUGCCCUUACGUUUGCCGUGUUUGCUGGAGGCAUCAACCGUAUAAAAUACCCCAUCAUCUGCCAAGCAGUUGGCAUAGUCUUGCAUUAUUCAACCCUUUCUACUGUGCUUUGGCUUGGAGUUACAGCAAGGAAUAUUCAUAAACAAGUAACAAAGAAACCCCCACAGCUGCCGGAUGGAGACCAGCCUCCUCAACCCAAGCAGUCAAUGCUAAGGUUUUAUUUAGUUAGUGGGGGCAUCCCUUUUCUUAUAUGUGGGAUCACAGCAGCUAUCAACAUCAACAAUUAUGGGAGUGGAGAGGAUGCCUUAUACUGCUGGAUGGCAUGGGAGCCAAGCCUUGGUGCAUUUUACGGUCCAGUGGCAUUCAUUGUGUUUGUUACUUGCAUCUACUUCCUCUGCACAUUUAUCCAACUGAAGCGUCACCCUGAACGGAAAUAUGAACUGAAAAAAAUGACAGAGGAGCAGCAGAGAUUAGCCACUACUGAAGUAGGCCAUUGUCACAUGACAGCUUCAGGGUCAUUGUCACAGGCCACUUGCUCAAUGAUUUCUGCAUCAAUGUUGGAAAAUGAGCAUUCAUUUAAAGCCCAGCUUCGAUCAGCAGCUUUUACCUUGUUUUUAUUUCUGGCCACAUGGACUUUUGGGGCUCUUGCAGUCUCUCAGGGUCAUUUCUUAGACAUGAUUUUUAGUUGUUUAUAUGGGGCUUUCUCAGUAACCUUAGGACUUUUUAUUUUGAUCCAUCACUGUGCAAAGAGAGAUGACAUUUGGCAUUGUUGGUGGUCUUGUUGCCCAUCAAGACGCAACACUUACUCAGCGCAGGGCAACGCUCGCCCAAAGGUCAAUGUUAAUGGAGAAACACGGGUCCAUUCACAUUGUGGCCUCGAUUCUGCUUGUCCUGGUAAGGCAGUACCAGGUUUUAACCAUUCAACCUCCGGACACUGUAAAUUAACGAACCUUCAGGCUGUCCAAAACCAUGUCAGUUGCCUUUCUCCCGUCGCACCGUGCUGUGCCAACAUGCACAGCGAGCAUCUCAUCGACGAUGAGCCUCCCAUUCACGUACAUUCAGAGGAAAGCUUCAGACCCAAUAUGCACAUUCACAGAUGUUUGAAAAGCAGAACUAAACCAAGGCACUUUACUCAACACAGGACUGCAGGAGACCGGGAGUAUGCUUAUCACAUUCCUUCCAGUAUCGAUGGGAGCAUACACAGCUCACAUACAGACAGUCCACACAGCACACAUGAUGGGCAUAUGUGCCACAGGCGGGCCUGCUGUCUAAAAGGUGAACUGUUCCUUACAGCAAGCCAGCCUGAAAGCAGCGAUGCCAGCACUGUUGUGUGUGGAUGCAGUAAAACACCCGAUGAUGACACUGUGCACCAUGUAGCACAUUUAGAGAUGCAUCCGCGGAGACAAUCCUCUCCUCAAAACCUACUCAGUCAGAAUGGAAUACUGAAGGGAAGCUUGCAUGAAGGGCUCAUCUACAGUUCGGAUAGUACAGGAAAUAUAAGAACUGGCCCGUGGAAAAAUGAAACUACUGUGUAGUUCAUGGGCUUCAGUUAUACGCUACCUGUCACCUCCUUUGAAAUAACUCAGCAGUCAGUACAUGUACAUUUUUAUAUUGCUUUUGCGUCUAUUUACAUGUUUUUAUUGUACAAAUAUUCCAUGCUGUGUUUUAUGUCUAACCCAACAGUUUCCAGACCUUUUGAUCAGAAGUUCACCUUGCCCUAUAAAUGUAGGUUUGAGAAGAAUAACCACGGUAAAGUCACUGCACUUCUUCAUUGUUUUAGAAAUAGAAAGGUGUCACAACUAGUGGAUGUUAUAUAAAUGUUGCUCUGAUAAUUACAUGCUAUUUUAAAUAUGUUUUUAAUAUUGUAAAAAAAAAAACCCUACACACUUCUGAACUCCCCCCCCCCCAUUUGAAAAAGUGCUGGUCUAAUUUCCAGUAUACUUUUAAUCCUUUUGGAAGAAGGACAAGUGGCACAUAAGGUAAGAAUACAUUUAAAAUAAGGUCAAUUAUUUUUAUAAAAAUUUGAGAUAAUAAGAAGCUAUUUAAACAGGCAGUGUCCUCAGAAUGGCAGUGUCAAAUAAUCCUAUCAUUAUAUAUUACACAUUUACAUAUUGCACAAACCAGCAUUUUCUCUGUAUAAGGUCAUACAUAAAGUACUGUGAAACACGAUCAAGAAAAAAAAAAAAGAAAUAAGAGCUUAGUAAUAAUAGUGAUUCAUAGGCUUUUAUGUUCUAGGUUUUUCAUUGCGGUCAAUUAUAUGUACAGAAAGAAACCCUGCCUCUUUAUGCUGCUUAUCUUGUAAAAGAUUACAUUAGGUAUUCAGUCUGUGUAACGUCUCAAUAUCCUGUUGAAAACAAGUAUUAAAUAACAUUGCAUUGCCACCGUUAAAUCUGUGGUUCUUUAAUGGUUGUAUCUUGCAUGGCACAAGUCAGGGUAUACCAUCCGCUGUGUUCUAGUGUUGCAUGUGAAAAAUGGCAGCAUUGUGAAAAAAUAACUAACUGCACUAUCUAUGGUACUACAUGUGUGUAAAAUCAAUAUAAAAGCUCUAUUAGAGGUCAACGCUAACAGUUGUUCAUUUUCUUAAACAGCGCAUGCAGUGCUUGUUGUGCAGUGUGUGACUUUGUGCAGUGUUUCUAGCAGUAGCUUCCUGUAAAUGUGUUCCACGUGAGUUGAAUACUAUUUUUAAAGGAACAACAUGCUUUCAGUAUUUUGUUUGGCUUCAACCGUUUCAGUAUUUUUAAAGGUGUUUUUUUUUUGUUUUUUUAAGCCAUUCCGAUGAAUCUGAAAGGAAAUGAAUUGUCACAGUUGUUUACACUUUCUUUGUGGAUGUUAAUUGUGUCUGCUGUGUUAGGGAAUAAACGCUUGAGAUUAGAAGAGAUUCAGCUGUCAUAUUUGCAUUAUCAGGAAGAGGUAAUUACUUAUGACUGAAUGAGGAAAGGAACCAAACUAGGGGAGGUAAGUUUUAGUUGUCCCAUUAAUUUGAUUUAGCAUGAUAAUGAAAAUGUUCCUUUAUCAUGUAUAUUUAAUCAGUUUUAAUAAAUACAUUUUUGUUUAAACAUGUUGGAGAUAUUAUUUCAUUAAAAAAAAAAAAAAUGUAAAACACAAAUGUCAUAUAAUAGAAUUAAACCCAAAGGGGUAUGCUCAGUAUCUGAGUAAAACACUUUUUUUUUUCCUUGUCAAGAUUUAACAAAUCUACAUACAUUGUAAAAUGUCCCAUUACAUAUUGUAUGCAUUCUUCUGUUUUUCCCAUAGUUACAAAUAUAUAAAGCCUGCUUACCGAUGCCAAUGCAAGAAUAUUUUGCUUUUUUAUGCAUAUUGUAUAUUUUGAAACUGACUUCAAAGCAAAAUAAGAUUGUUUUAAGUGUGAAUUUCAGUGUUUUCUAUUAUAAACCAUUUUGUCAUCAGACUUCACGUCACUGUGCUGUAGAGCUGGUCAGAAAUCUGGCGUAAGGAUGAAGCAGUGAUACUGUAACAAAUCCCAAAGUCAGUUUUCCACUUCUCUACAUAUUCACUGAUUCCAAUAAAUGUAUUUUUUCACCAUAAGCCAAUACUGUUUUAGUCUAUGUAAGCAAAUAUGCUUCAGUCUUACAUGUGUAAUUAAUAGUUAAAAAAAAAAAGCUUUUGAAAUCGUUAAGAACUAGGUUUUCACUUAAUCACCCGGAGUGUAUAUUAAAAAAUGUCACGAAGUGGUAACAAACUAAAAUGUACACUGUUCUGUGCCUUUAGUGAGACAAGUAAGGUUUUAAAAGCCAUUUUACAUUUUUGCUCUGUUAUGGGGAGUAUUUAAUAUACUGAAAUUAUAGAUCAGGGAUGGACAUCCAUGGCCCUUCACUGGUAUGGUAACUUUUCAUUAUUAAUUUAUACCUGUUAAACAUAAUAAGGAAAGGUCUUUCCCUCUCAUACGUGGUUUCCGUUGGACAUUGUUUAAAUGUAAGCAGAAACCUGAAAAAAAUGGAGAACAUCACAAUUUUAACAGUAAGAAAGACUUUAUUGUGAUUAAUAACUGUGAGCAAGCAUAAAUUACAGAUGACGUUUCAGUGUAUAUCUGAUUAGUGCUAAUGCACGUAUGGGGGAUAGCACACUAAUUAAUUUGAAAUCCAUUCCCAUAGCUGUAGUGUCAUUCAAUUCCUGUAAAGAUGUGCUUACUGUGAAGUGUCCCCAAUUACUUUGGAAAUUGGAUAACUCAACUUAGUUGCAACUUAGGGACUUUUGGGACCAAUUUUUACAGUCUGGUGAGAUUGAAGAAAAAUAAGGUCCAAUUCCUUGCCCUAGGAACCCUAGAAUAGGUUGUUUAUCUCAUCUUUACAUAGAAUGGCAUUUAUAAAUAUUGUUUCCUAACUGUUCAUAUGUGUAUAGUUAUUUUUUACUUUCAUCUCACCAACAGAAUCCAUAAUGGCAGUGCAUUACACAGCACUGUCGGUUAGGCAGGUUCACAAGCCUCCUCCAUCCUUCAAACUUUCUAGUCACUCAACCAAUCCUGUAGCUUAGCAGCAAGGGGUGAGAGUACCACAUGUGAGCAAAACAGAAAGGUUAAGUAAAAUAACAUUCUACAAGAAAAACCUAUUCCGCUAAAUCUUAAUAUCAACUAAGUUUAUAAAUACCUGCGACCCCAUAAUUAAAUCACAUUCACCAGACUUCAAUCACAAAUCACCUUUUUACUGCCUUGCAUUAUUUAUUUAUUUUAGCUUUUUAAUUAAGUGUUAGAAUUACACUGCACUAGGAUGAACUUGAUUCUUUUACAUUUAGUUAUACUUUUAAGGUAAAAGAAAAGUAUUCUUUAUUUUUGGUACAAAUCAAAGAAUCUGCUGAGGGAUAGGUUGCAUUGGGAAAAAAACAGUUCUGUAUGGCUAAUUCUGAAUUCCCCUUAAGAAAGAAGCAAGUUAUUACAUAGAUAUUUUUACUUUAAAAAGUUAUUUUUACAGGGAUAAGUGAGAAAUAAAAUAUGUUAAUAUAUGGAAAUACAAUCAUUAAUACUGGGCAACAAGAAAAAGGUACAGUGUAGGUAAUGCUGGACACCAAGUGUACACUUGACAUACAACAAUAUAAAUGUUUGUAAUGUGUUUCUGUUUACAAGAUGACAAAUAAAUAUAGCAUUGAAGCAUACAUUGCUCUUAACAGUAAAUAAUAAUAAUAAUAAAAAACCUUAUUGACUGUGCCACGCUGAGUGUA